AUGGCCUCUGCUGGUUUGCAAAUCCUGGGGAUUGUCCUGACACUGCUUGGCUGGGUGAAUGCUCUGGUGUCCUGCGCCCUGCCCCUGUGGAAGGUGACCGCCUUCAUCGGCAACAGCAUUGUGGUGGCCCAGGUGGUAUGGGAGGGGCUGUGGAUGUCCUGCGUGGUGCAGAGCACAGGCCAGAUGCAGUGCAAGGUGUAUGACUCAAUGCUGGCGCUGCCCCAGGACCUGCAGGCUGCCCGAGCCCUCUGCAUCAUCACCCUCCUCAUCGCCCUGGUGGGUCUGCUGACCUACCUAGGUGGGGCCAAGUGUACCACCUGUGUGGAGGACAAGGACUCCAAGGCCCGUCUGGUGCUCACCUCUGGGAUCAUCUUUGUCAUCUCAGGGAUCCUGACCCUGAUCCCCAUCUGCUGGACGGCCCAUGGCAUCAUCCAGGACUUCUACAACCCCCUGGUGGCAGAGGCCCAAAAGCGGGAGCUGGGGGCCUCCCUCUACCUGGGCUGGGCGGCUUCUGGCCUUUUGUUGCUGGGUGGGGGGCUCCUGUGCUACACCUGCCCCUCUGGGAGGUCCCGGGGCUCCAGCCAUUACCUGGCCCGAUACUCAGCAUCUGCCCCACGUGCCAACUCUCAGGGGCCCUCUGAAUACCCCACCAAGAAUUAUGUCUGA